AUGCUGUUCUUCGGUUCUCUCCUCCUGCUCGUCUUCCUCACAGUUCUUUUACUCAUGUGCUCUUCAGACGACGUGUGCCCGGAGGAGAACUGCAGUUACCAGGACGUGUUAAACUACCUGAACAUGAGCAGAAACAACGAGCGCUUCUCCAUGAGCCGGCCUGUGAAGGACUACAGACACACCACCCCGGUGUACCUGGAGGUUGUGCUCUACGCCAUUCUAGAUGUGGUUGAGAAAGAGCAGAAGUUCAUCCCUUACGUUUGGACUGUCGUGCGGUGGCACAACGAAUACAUUUCCUGGGAUCCAAACCAAUUUUGUGGAAUUGACAAUGUUUCUAUGCCGGCUGAACUUUUGUGGAAGCCAGAUCUCACUAUUGUAGAAAUGACAGAGAAGGACAAAGCUCGUCCCAGUCCGUAUCUCACCAUCAACGCUAAAGGUGACGUGGAGGUUCAGAACGUCCAGGUGUUAGUCAGCACCUGCAGGAUGCAAAUCUACAUGUUUCCCUUCGACACUCAGAGCUGCAACCUCACCUUCCAGUCCGUCAUACACGCUGCUAAGGACAUUCGGCUGCGAGCCAGUGACAACUCCUCAGAGGCCACCGAGGAGUCUCGGGAGGCGAUGCGGACGCAGUACGAAUGGUUGUUCAUCAACAUGACGGUCACACCCAGAAACUCCACAGAUCUCCUCUGCCAAGACGUCAUUGUUUACACUAUCAAAAUGAAGAGGAGGUCGGCCCUCUACAUCGUCAACUUCAUCCUCCCCAUCCUCUUCUUCCUCGGUCUGGACUUGGCUUCCUUCCUGAUGUCAGACACCAGCGGUGAGAAGUUGGGCUUCAAGGUCACCGUGCUCCUCGCCGUCACCGUGCUCCAACUCAUUCUCAAUGACAUUCUGCCUUCGUCCUCAGACAGGAUCCCGCUCAUAGCGGUUUACUGCAUCGGGAUUUUUGCUCUGAUGAUGCUCAGCCUCCUGGAGACGAUUGUGCUGAUGUAUCUGAUCGAGAAAGACUCGGCGCCACAAGGCAACGAGAAAAGCAGAAGUCUGAGGGACAAGUGUAACCAGGGCAAAGACAAUUACAACAACUGUCAUGAAGCUCUUUGUUACCAAAUCUUAUUUUGGUCUGGUGAAACUCCGUCUGAGCUGCUGUCUAUGGCCAACGAGUGUCAGAGCAGAAAGCUGGUGGAGGACGAACGGGUCCUGGAUACGGUGUCAGACGAGCUGAGGGAGAUGGAGAAAACUCUGAGUCUGAUACUCAGCAGCCGGAGAGACGAGUGCAAACCCGGCUACUGGAGCGCAGCGGCUAAAAGAGUCAACAAAGUCUUCUUCAUUUUCUACGUCAUAGUGAUCACCGUGUUUUUAUUUUGGCUCUUUUUAAUGUGGAAAUCCGAGUGA